AUGGAGGAGCCAGGCCGGUUUGACUCACAGCAGGAGCGCCCAAGCCAGGCACCCACCCCGACCCCGGCCGGGCUCCAGGCUCCGGGCUGCGAGGGCUGGCAGCGGAGCGCGCCCUCGUGCGGCCGUGGGCGACACUGCAGCCCGAGAGAGGAAGCGGCGGCCGGAGCCGCAAGCCCAGCCACCCAGCGGCUCGCGGUCCCUGCGGGGCCGCCCUCUCCGCCCCGCCCAGCGGGGGCUGAGCGCCUCGCUCCUGGGGCUCCCACUUCCGCCGGGCCCUCCCCUCCGCCCCCGAUCCUCCCGGGCGGAAGUGCGCCUGGGCCUCCCGGGUCCCCCACAGCCGCGAGGCGGAAGCGCGCCUCGACCGCCGCUCCCCUCGACCCUGCGGCGCGCCGCGCGUCGGGUUCCGGACAGGUCCCGUGUGACGUGGCCGCGCUCCGGGGGCGGCUCCGGGCUGGGGGCCGGGCGGCGGACCGGGCGGGGCAGACCCGGGGCGGGGCGCGGCGCCGCAGCUGGAUGGCUGGGGCCGCCCGGAGCGCCGCCGCCGCCGCUGCCGCACGGUGA